AUGCGGCGGCUCGGGGGCACCCUGCUCUGCCUGCUGCUGGCGGCGGCGGUCCCCACGGCCCCCGCGCCGGCUCCGACGGUGACCUCGGCCCCGAUCGAGCCCGGCCCGGCUCUCAGCUACCCGCAGGAGGAGGCCACUCUCAACGAGAUGUUCCGCGAGGUUGAGGAACUGAUGGAGGACACGCAGUACAAACUGCGCAGCGCGGUGGAGGAGAUGGAAGCCGAAGAGGCUGCUGCUAAAACAUCAUCAGAAGUGAACCUAGCACACUUACCUCCCAGCUACCACAACGAGACCAACACAGAAACCAAGGUGGGAAAUAAUACCAUCCAUGUCCACCGAGAAAUUCACAAGAUCACAAACAACCGGACUGGACAGAUGGUCUUUUCAGAGACAGUCAUUACGUCGAUGGGAGAUGAAGAAGGCAAAAGGAGCCACGAGUGCAUCAUUGACGAGGACUGCGGGCCCAGCAGGUACUGCCAGUUUUCCAGCUUCGAGUACUCCUGCCAGCCGUGCCGGGACCAGCAGGCCGUCUGCACCCGAGACAGCGAGUGCUGCCGAGACCAGCUGUGUGUGUGGGGUCGCUGCACCGAAGCUUCCGCCGCGGGCGGUAACGGGACCAUCUGUGACAACCAGAGGGACUGCCAGCCGGGGCUGUGCUGUGCCUUCCAGAGAGGUCUGCUGUUUCCUGUGUGCACACCCCUGCCCGUGGAGGGUGAACCCUGCCACGACCCUGCCAGCCGGCUUCUGGACCUCAUCACCUGGGAGCUGGAGCCCGAUGGAGCUUUGGACCGAUGCCCAUGUGCCAGUGGCCUCCUCUGCCAGCCCCAUAGCCACAGCCUGGUGUAUGUUUGCAAGCCCACCUUCAUCGGGGGCCGUGACGAGGACGGGGAAAGCCUGGUGCCCAGAGGGGCCCCUGAUGAGUAUGAAGAUGGCGGCUUCAUGGAGGAGGUGCGCCGGGAGCUGGAGAACCUGGAGAGGAGCCUGUCAGUGGAGAUGGCUCUCGGGGAGCCCGGGGCUGCCUCUGAGCAGCUGGAGGGAGAGGAGAUUUAG